CCAACGCCGUGCCAGAUACACAGCUGGGACUCAGCGCCGAAGAGAUUCAGCUGCUUCGGCAAGGCCAGGCGGCUUUGGGAGGCGGCGGAGGUUCGACAAGCUCUCGGGCAGCCAGCAGAGCCAGCAGCCAAGGUCUUUUGAUGCUAGAUAGCUCAUCGCUAUCGGCCCUUGGGCGAUAUUUUGAUCGAUUGAUGGCCGGCAUCGAGCAGAACAUCCGCUACCUCAGCGAACAAGCCCAAAUGUUCACACAGGUUCAAUACGAUCGAGCCGGCAACAUCAUUGACGGCGCCGAUGCCGAAAUUGCACGAUAUACAGACAUUUUGCGGCAGCUCGAUGAACUCGAGGUCGAUUUCGACAGGAUAGCCCAUAUUAAGGAAAUUGUCAAGGGAUACAGAUCAAGGGUUGAAACGCUAGAAAGAGACUUGGAGAGUAGCGGUGGCUCGUCAAGUCGACACAAGCAUUCGCCUUCACAUCACCACAAGCACAAGCACAGCGCUUCUCGCCACAAAUGAUGCAGGACGCCAAUGCUACCACAUUUCUUUCUCUCUCUCUCUUUCCUUGUUUGAUCUUCGUCCGGCUAGAGCGACCUGCAGCCAGCGGUCUUACAGGCCAAUUUGUGGAUAACAUUUUUAUAUUGUGCGAGGGAGGCUUGGAAGUUUGCCAUGGGAGGCGAGCCCGUCAACACCAAAAGAUAUCUCGCAGGAUUACCGAUGGAAAGGAAAUAUGACAUUACAAAAGG